CGAUGUACAUCGGUGUAAGAAAACGGGACUGCUUAAUAAAUCAAUAUUUAAGCUAUGUCUUGUAAUACUAUAUAGACAUGGUAUUUAAAUGUGCGGGCUGACCAAUUUUCCUCUCAGAACCGAAUUUCCCUCAUCGCCAUGUCGUCGGAGAAGACAAGGUGAUAUCCAGGAACGAAUACCAAUUCCUGGACUAUGCACCGGCUUUGGUUGGGAUUCAGAUGGAGAUAUGCUGGCAAUAAUAGCGCAAAAUUCAUCAUCUAUAUUUUUGUGGGAUGCAACAACUGGAAAAAAGUCCCAGAUAGACGCAGGUGUAAGAGAUGGAUUGAGCUGUAUGAUGUGGGCAAAGAAGAGUUGCUUAUUAGCAAUAGGGACACAAAAAGGAAAUUUAGUACUUUAUGAUCACAUAAAUGCCAAACGAAUACCUAUUUUGGGAAAGCAUAAGAAGCGCAUUGUAUGCGGCGCAUGGUCAGUAGAUGGUCUCCUUGCUUUGGCGAGUGAAGAUAAAGUCCUAACUAUCAGCACAACUGAGGGAGAUACGCGUCGUGAAAUAACUUUUCAAGGUGAUCCGUCUCAUAUACAAUUUAGCGAAAUGAAAAUGGACCAUAGGAUAGCUGGUGAAAAUACAGUAUCCCUUAUUGUUAGCAAGACAACAUUAUUCUUGUGCAAUAUUCUGGAUCCGGAAAAUCCCAUUGAAUUGGCUUUUCAAAAACGUUAUGGUUCCAUUGUAACUUAUAGAUGGUACGGAGAUGGUUACAUAUUAAUAGGUUUCGAAGCUGGGUUUUUUAUUGCGAUAUCGACGCAUAUAAAAGAAGUCGGCCAAGAAUUAUUCCAAAUUAAGAACCACAGGGAUUCUCUAACGGAUAUCGCAUUGAGUCAAGCGGUAGGGAAGUUGGCCACUUGCGGCGACAGCACGAUCAAGGUGCACAACUUGCUGAAUCUAGAGGAGACCGAGACGCUGAUCUCGGUGACCAGCGAGAAUGGAGUGAACAACAUCGAAUGGUCAACGGAUGGAACGAUGCUGGCAGCGGUCACUUAUAUCGGCAAUAUCUUGAUCUACUUGAUAGAGAUUCCGAAGUUGACCAGCGUUUGCGGCAACAGGAUAGCAUUGUUGACGAGCCUGAUGGAAGUAGCCGUGCACCUUUACACAUUAGACAAGGACAAACCGAGCCCGCAAAUAAUCAACACUAUAAUAGAACCGUCGAUCUUAGCAGUAGGCCCGAUGCAUGUGGCAGUAGGGUUGAACAAUAGAGCACUCUUCUGGGAUUUGUCGAUAAGCCAUUAUAACAAGAUGCAUUUUGAGAGGGAUUAUUUGGCCACGAUAGACAGCAUGCGCCUGAACGAAACAUACGUAUCGGCGCUGUUCGACGGGAAAUUACAACUGCAUACGAUUAAAUCCGACCAGACGUUGGCAAACGAUGGGAAAGAUACAAAAAUGUUUCCGGAUUCGAGCUCUACUCAUAGUAGAAUUACAUGUCACGCUAUUUGUUCGGAUUUCCUGGUUUACGGUAAUGAUAUGGGUCAUAUCGUUUACUUUUACUUGGAGACAUUCAAUCAAUGCACCGAAUUUAUACAUGACAACGGAAUCAAGGAGUUGUACUUGGAUACGAACGGAACGCAGUUGUGUUUUGUCGAUAACAAGUCGGACGUUUACGUAUUUGAUCCGAUAAACGAAGCGGCCAUUACAGUGCCUGACUGUCCUGAUAAUAUCGAUGGUAUUCUUUGGGAUCAGAACAUAUUCGAACGUGCUAUAUUUGCAGUAUAUAAUAAAAGCAAUAUUGUGACGUACAUUUUUGUAAAAUACUUUGUGGAAGGUACCAAAGUGAUAAAGAUAAAUACGACUAAGUUGCCAUCAGAAUCAGUGCCUUUAUUGAUGUACUCGGGAGAGGUGACGUUGAGCACAAUGGGUAGCAAAUUGAUACAGAUAACAUUAACUUCUCAUGAAGAUAUAGGGAAUAUCGUGGAGUCCAAAAAAAUUAACGAGAUUCUGAACAAUCAGAUUUUGUGCAGACGUUUUCAACAAGCGUGGAAUAGCUGUGAAAAAUUAAACGAGAAAGAUGCCUGGCUAAAACUGGGACGAAGCGCUAUUGCGAAUUUGAACAUCGAAUUCGCUAUUCGCGUAUAUCGACAAAUCGAAGAUGCUUCAAUGGUAUGGACGUUGCAAAAUAUGGAGAAUGUGGACGAACUGGCGUUGCUAUGUGGCCAUGCUUGCAUAUUACUAGGAGAUUAUAAUGAAGCUGAAAAGUACUUCCUACAAUCUUCUGAACCCGUGCAGGCCUUGUACUUGAGGAGAGACCUGAUGCAGUGGGAGCAAGCGUUAAGCUUGGCGCAAAAGUUGAAGCCCGAUGAAAUUCCUUUUAUCGCCAGAGAAUAUGCCCAACAAUUAGAAUUCACUGGGAAUUAUCCAAAGGCUCUAACAAAUUAUGAACGCGGCUUGGUCGAUUAUAAUACCUCGUCCAUCUUGGUAACGCAAAAUCCUCAUCACCGAAACCAAUGCCUGGCAGGAAUAGCGAGGAUGUCUAUAAGAUGCGGCGAUAGUAGAAAAGGCGUCGGAAUAGCGAUGGAUAACGAGAGCUCGAGGCUGUUGCGAAAAGAAUGCGCCGAAAUUCUGGAAUCGAUGAAGCAAUUUAGCGAAGCCGCGCUGUUGUAUGAAAAAGCUGAAUACUUCGACAAAGCUGCCUCCGCUUAUAUAAAGUUAAAGAAUUGGCACAAAGUGGGUCAGCUUCUGCCACAAAUAUCGUCCGCGAAAAUCAACAUACAAUAUGCUAAGGCCAAAGAGUCCGAGGGUAAAUACGAGGAGGCCGCGAAAGCAUAUGAAACCGCUAAGGAUUAUGAUAAUAUAAUCAGAAUCAACCUGGAACACUUAAACAAUCCUGCUCGUAGUGUUGAAGUUGUCCAGCAAACAAAGAGCAUAGAAGGCGCGAAGAUGGUUGCGAAGUAUUUCCAAAGGAUGAACGAUUACAAUGCAGCGAUUAAAUUCUUAAUCCUGUCGAAUUGUCACGACGAAGCCUUUCAAUUGGCUAAUCAGCACGGCAAGAUGGAAUUGUACGGAGAGAUCUUGGUGAACACGAUCGAAGACACGAACGUUCGUAAGGAAGAUUUUAAGAGUCUUGCGAUGCACUUCGAAUCCCAGAAGAACAAUCUUUUAGCUGGGAAAUAUCAUUUCCAUGCCAAAGAGUAUCAGAAAGCUCUGCGGCAUCUAUUAAAAGCCGCUCAAUUGGUGCCGAACGACGACAGAGCGAUCACUUAUGCUAUAGACGCUGUCGCGUCUUCUAAGGAUGACAAAUUAGCCAAUCAAUUGAUAGAUUUCUUGUUAGGAGGGGAUGGAUUACCAAAGGAUCCGAAAUAUCUUUUCCGCUUGUACAUGGCUAGAAAACAGUAUAAAGAGGCAGCUAAAACUGCAAUUAUCAUUGCGAAUGAAGAACAAAUUAAUGGAAAUUACAGGAACGCUCACGACGUAUUAUUCGGAAUGUAUCAAGAGCUAAAAAGAAAUAAGAUUACCAUACCGUUAGAAAUGCAAACUAAUUUAAGGCUCUUACAUUCAUACAUCCUGGUAAGGUUGCAUGUGAAAAGAAGCGACCACUUGCGAGGCGCCCGGAUGCUGAUAAGAGUAGCGAACAACAUAUCAAAGUUUCCAUCGCAUAUCGUACCAAUAUUAACCUCGACUGUAAUAGAAUGCCAUAGGGCGGGUUUGAAGAGUGCGGCUUUCAACUUCGCCGCUAUGCUGAUGCGUCCCGAGUAUCGUGGGCAAGUCGACGCGAAAUACAGCAAAAAGAUUGAAGCAAUCGUGAGAAAGCCACCACGAGCGAAGGAUGUCGAGAACGAAGAUGAGCCUCUCACCCCGUGCCCAUACUGCAAGAGCAGAGUUCCCGAGACUGAAGUAACCUGUGAUAAAUGCAAGAAUACCAUACCUUUCUGUAUCGCGACGGGACGACAUAUCAUAGAAGAUGACUUUACAGCGUGUCCCCAAUGUGAUUUCCCUGCUAUUAAAAGUGAAUUUCUAAGGAUCGUUGAAUCUGAAGAAACUUGUCCAAUGUGCUCAGAGAGAGUCGGGCCAGAAGCUGUAUCAUCUAUCACUGAUAUUCACCCGUAUCUCAAUUUUCAGGAAGAAAAGGCCAUCAUAAAGGCAUAAUUUUUACAUAUAUUUUAGAUAUAGAGUAAAUUUGUCAAUGUACAAAAGACGAAUUCAUAGUUUGACGUACACAAACUAGGAAACGCUAAGCUGUAUAGAUAUCUGCAUUUUUAUUGCACAAAUGAAAUGUGCCUUGUUUAAUUGUGUGCCUUAGAUAAGUAAUACGAUGAUAAAUAUGAAAAGUUAUGAAAUAGUUUCAAGUAAUAGUGAUAAUUAGUGGAAUGUUUCGAUCAAGUCGAAAAUUGAAGCGACAGUAUUCUCAAUGCAAACGGUGCCGUCCAUUAUGAGUACAAUUUAUUUGAGUACAAGAUGACUAGAGGUAUAUAAUCUCAUUAUAUCACCACACGCACACACACAUAUAUACAUACCAUACAUACAUACACACAUAUAUGUAUAAAGAAUCAGUUAUGUUAUUUGCUUUACGGGCCAUGCUUUACUGUAGAUAUUACUAUAAACACAAAAUAAAACGAUUCAAUUCGGAUAUGAUACUUGAAAAUUUUUUUGAGAGCUCGCGGACAGCUGCGAAGUCUCGCAUGACGUAUCGAUAGAAUCAUGUCUAAUUGUAAUUUCGAAUCGUGUCGAACACACGAUUUCACCAAUCCCGUAGCUAUUUCGGCGGCAAUUCAAUAGCGAAUACAUAAAUCGUUGCUACUACUGACGACGACAUAUUAAUAAUAACAAAUCACCAAAAUCAAGGCGGAAUACUGCAAAGGGAAAAAUAUCGAUUAAUUCCUGUUACCGAAUUGCCAUCAAAUUGCAGCAUGGAUUUGUUCUACAAUUUUGGCCGUCAGUAUGAGCGUAGCAUCCAGGAGUCUUUCACAACUGUAAAUUCACAUACAUAUUUUGCUUUUCGUAAUAAUUAUAGCAAUUUUGACCAGCGAAUGUAAAAAAAGUCAGCUAAACACUAAUAAAUGAAAUGUAAUGGUUGCAACGAAA